GUGUCUGUGGGCGGGGCGAUGGACGCACGGAGUUACAGCAGGCGCUCGCUGGGGGUGACCGGAUUUGUAUGAAGCCACUGAGCCCGGCUGCUGAGGGAGAGCUCGGGAGUGGAAGCCGCACGGUCAGGGGAUCUCUGCGGGAGCUGGCGAGAAACGCUUCCUGAGCACUGCAGACAGGCCGGCCGGCUGACAUGACGUCCCGCAGAUGGUUUCACCCAAAUAUCAAUGGACUGGAAGCCGAAACGCUGCUUUUGACACAUGGAAUACACGGGAGCUUCCUGGCUCGUCCCAGUAAGAGCAAUCCUGGUGACUUCACCCUGUCUGUCAGGAGACAUGAUGAAGUCACACACAUCAAAAUCCAAAACACUGGUGAUUUCUAUGACUUGUAUGGUGGAGAGACAUUUGCUACAUUGGCUGAGCUGGUGCAGUAUUACACAGAGCAACAUGGGCUUCUGCGUGAGAAAAACGGAGAUGUAAUAGAGCUCAAAUAUCCCCUGAAUUCCCAGGAUCCAACAUCGGAGAGAUGGUACCAUGGGCAUCUGUCUGGUCGUGAAGCUGAGAAGCUGCUUUUGGAAAAAGGAAAGCCUGGAAGUUUUCUGGUGCGGGAAAGCCAAAGCAAGCCAGGGGACUUUGUGUUGUCUGUUCUAACAAGUGAGGAAAAGCUGGAGAAUGGAGAGCGGAAAUCUCGCGUCACUCACGUGAUGAUCCGGUUUCAGCUGGACGGUAAAUACGAUGUUGGGGGAGGUGAACGAUUUGAUACGCUGACAGACCUGCUGGAGCACUACAAGAAAAACCCAAUGGUAGAGAAGUCAGGAGCUGUGGUGCAUCUUAAACAGCCGUUUAAUGCAACACGGAUCAAUGCAGCCAACAUUGAGACUCGAGUACGAGAACUUAACAAAAUGGCCGACAACACAGAGAAGGCCAAGCAGGGAUUCUGGGAAGAGUUUGAGAUGCUCCAGCAGCAGGAAUGUAAACUGCUCUAUCCCAGAAAGGAAGGACAGAGACUAGAGAACAAAAGCAAGAACAGAUACAAGAACAUUCUACCUUUUGACACCACAAGGGUGGCUCUGAGAGAAACGGAUGAGAGCAUUCCCGGGUCAGAUUACAUCAAUGCUAAUUACAUCAAGAGUACUCUGGAUGACUCCCGUGGUACCCAGCCCUAUAAAAUGUAUAUAGCCACUCAGGGAUGCCUGCAGAAUACUGUGUGCGACUUCUGGUCUAUGGUGUAUCAGGAGAACACUCACGUCAUAGUCAUGACUACAAAAGAGAUGGAGCGCUCGAGGAAAAAAUGUUUUCGCUAUUGGCCAGAUGAGAACUGUACCAAGGACUAUGGCUGCAUCCGGGUGCUCAGCCUGGCGGUGCAUGUAGAGAAGGACUACAUUCUGCGGGAGUUACAGAUGUCACACCUAGAAAGGGAAGAGCCUCCAAGAUGCAUAUGGCAUUAUCAAUACCUGAGCUGGCCAGACCACGGUGUCCCAAAUGAGCCAGGGGGUGUACUAAGCUUCCUGGAAGAAAUAAAUACAGCGCAGCUAAGUACUCCACAGUCUGGACCUAUCGUUGUACACUGCAGUGCUGGCAUUGGACGUACCGGUACAAUCAUAGUGAUAGAUAUUCUGGUGGAUAUUAUUAACAGACAAGGUUUGGAUUGUGAUAUCGACAUCCCGAAAACCAUCCAGAUGGUGAGACAGCAGCGCUCUGGCAUGGUGCAGACAGAGGCACAGUAUAAAUUUAUUUACAUGGCCGUGCAGAAAUAUAUUGAGUCCAGGAAGAAGUAUCUGGAGGACGAGCAGAGAGGAAGAAUAAAGGAGCGGGAAUACACCAACAUACAUUAUCCACUUGGGGAGAAGCUGAAAGCUAAAGCACCAUCAACCCCAGCAUCUAUGCAACCUCGGGUUAAUGAUGAUUCUGCCUGUGUCUAUGAGAAUCUGAAUAUUAGAAGCACACACAUGUCAAGUUCUAGCAAUGCUGGCAGAUAAUAGUUGGCGGUUUUAACAAUGCACAAAUACUAAAGGGACAGCACUGUUUGUCUCCAUUCCCUGGCCAUGGCUGUCUGGAGUUGCCCCCAGUUCUGCCUAGCCCCGAGCCAGCUCCAGAAGGGAGGUAGAAGUGUGAAGGAGCAGUGAGCAAAGUGCACUUGUGAUGGAGAGCACACCUACAGUAACUUAUUAUGACAGAACAAUCCUUUUUUUUUUCUUUGCCUCAGUGUUUUGGCAAAUUAUUUAUUCAAGUGCCUCAGAAAAGCCACUGAGUUUUAGAUAUUUUUAUUUGUUACUUUUUUGUUGUUGUUUUAUUCUUUGUUUUGUAAAAAUGUAUAAUAAAAUUUUGGUCUGUAAAGCAAACCAAGGCA